AUGUUCCUGACUCGCAGUGAGUAUGAUCGAGGUGUGAAUACAUUUUCGCCGGAAGGGCGUCUGUUCCAAGUGGAGUAUGCCAUUGAGGCGGUCAAGCUCGGGUCAACUAGCAUUGGAAUUCGCACCGAUGAGGGUGUCCUCCUUGCUGCAGAAAAGCGUUCCACUUCCAAACUCAUGGUCAACGAUGCAAUUGAGAAAAUCAGCAAAGUUGAUGAGCAUGUUGGAGUGACAUUUGCCGGUCUCAUAGCAGAUUCGCGAACAUUGGUGGAACGCGCUCAGAUUGAAGCUCAGAAUUUCUGGUUCACUUACAACCGUAAAAUUCGUAUCGAAGAUGUGACUCAGUCUGUUGCCAACCUUGCUCUUCAGUUUGGAGACGAUGACGUAAAGGCGUCAAUGUCAAGACCUUUUGGCGUAGCAAUGUUGUUCGCUGGUGUUGACCAAGACGGUGCGAAACUUUUCCAUCUGGAUCCUUCAGGCACAUUUAUUGACUGCAAGGCCAAGUCGAUAGGCGCUGCAAGCGAUGGGGCCGAACAAAGUCUCAAAGAACAAUAUCACGAUAAUAUGACGCUGAAGGAAGCACUAAAAGUUGCGCUGGCAAUCUUGAAGCAAGUCAUGGAAGAGAAGCUGAACAGCGCCAAUGUAGAAGUUGUUGUGAUCAAACCCGUUAAAGACUCGAAAGGUCGCCAAGUUGGAUCCUUCGAGCGCGUCACCAACGCUGAUCUCGACGUUGUUAUAUCAACAUUGUAA